GUUGGACCCAGCAGCCGUCUGGAUGAACCAAGCUGCAGGAAAAGAAAGGCGGAGGUCGUCCCCAAGUUGGACAACAAAAAGUUAUGCAAACAGAGUUGCAACAACUUCAGCCACCUCACCGCUGGACAAGAUCAGUCUGUGUCUGUAGAGUUUGUGAGAGAGUACCAAAAGCUGAGUUUGAGAGAAAAUACAAACGUCUUGGACUGAUUGGCAGAGGGGGCUUCGGGUCCGUCUACGCUGGCCUUCGCCUGGAGGAUUCAUUACCGGUGGCCAUCAAGUACAUAGACAUGAAGAGAGCUCAAAUCAGACUGAGUGAAGUGGACAGUGUUCCCCUGGAGGUGGCCCUCAUGCAGAAGACCGGAGGUGGGCCAAAUUCAGUGGGGGAGUUUGCUGCCGUCACCCUCCUGGAGUGGUACUACGUGGAUCAGGACCUGGUCAUUGUUAUGGAAAGGCCACCAGCAUCCAUGGAUCUUGUGGACUACAUGUCCUGCAAAGGAGGUUGCCUGGAGGAAGACGUGGCCAGGAUUCUUAUGAAACAGAUGGUGGACGCUGCCAUAGACCUCCACAACAAGGGGAUUUUCCACCGAGACUUAAAGUGUGAAAACACACUGGUGGAAAUGGGAUCCCAGGAGCCUCGCAUCAGGAUCAUUGAUUUCGGCUGUGGAAGCUUCCAGACGAAGGAAGUCUACAGAAGGUUUAGUGGUACUCUUGCAUUCGCCCCCCCGGAGUGGUUCAGCAGUAGGAAAUAUAGACCUUCUCUGACCACGGUUUGGCAGCUGGGAACCAUCCUGUAUCGCAUGCUGCACAGGUGUCACUUUGACACCAGACGUUUUACACGGGGCCUCAUUAAAUUCAACAAAAACAUUUCGCAAGAGUGCCUGAAUUUUCUGCACCUGUGCUUGGAGAAUGACAGUAGGAGACGACCCACCCUGGAGGAUCUGCGUGUUCAUUCCUGGCUCCUGUGACUGAGCCCCGUCCCUCAGGGAUCCACUGGGCCUUUGCACAUUUAAUGAAAAAUAUUUAUAUUUUAUAUUAUUUCAAUAUAUAUAUAUUUAAAUUGCUCUUUGACUGUUGUGUGCGUGUUUGUAGCUCAGUCUAGCACCCUAACUACCACAUCCUUCAUUAUUUUCUGGAACUGCAAGUGGACUUUAUUGUGUUUGAGGAAAUCCCACUUUCAUCUUUUAUAAAGCUGGUUGCAUUUUGUGCUUCUUUUAACACCAAGAAGAUUUUGUUUACAAGUUAUUAAGAUAAAGCUGGGUUUACAGUUUAAAACCAGGUUAUUUUUGAGGAUCUCA